UUGGCGGAAUCCGUAGAAACCACCCAUCGGGACUGCUGCGGGGGAUCUCACCCCGUAGCCAACACCUGGCUCACGCCCUCAACAGGCAAAAAGAGCGUCGCACCACCCCGCAGGGGAACCAGGGACAAGCCUGACUAUGCUCUGCAUUACCGCCAUCGAGACGGGCUCUUAGCGGUGCGCGGUCGAUUAUAUCGGCGGGCGUACGGUGUUUCGUUCCAAGCGUGCAGAGUGGCGGCGUGGCGGUAA